AUGGCAUACCAACCUCGAGAUCCGAAUAGCGACGAACACGAUUCAAAUGGCCGACUUUACAAUCCAUAUCAAGAUUUGCAAGUCCCGACCAAGAUGCUAUACAAGCUCCCAACCUCCCCGGAGUUUCUCUUCCCGGAGGAAUCCCGCGCGCAGCGCCGCUCUUGGGGCGAGAAUCUCACCUACUACACCGGAAUCGGUUAUCUAGCCGGCUCCUCCGCCGGUGCCGCCAAGGGCUUUAUAUCCGGCGUCAAGUCUAUAGAAUCUACCGACACGCUGAAACUGAAAAUCAAUCGGGUCCUCAACGGGUCGGGUCAUACGGGACGCCAGAUCGGGAACCGGUGUGGAGUAAUUGGCCUUCUCUAUGCUGGAAUCGAGAGCGGCAUGGUGUAUUAUAGGGAUACUGAUGAUGUUAUCAAUAGCGUGGUGGCUGGACUUGGAACCGGAGUGCUUUACAAGGCUGCGUCUGGGCCGAGGUCAGCGGCUGUGGCCGGGGCAAUUGGUGGCGUGCUAGUUGGGCUCGCGGUUGCUGGGAAGCAGGCGUUAAAACGAUAUGUGCCCAUUUGA